AGCAUAGUCCUUUUCCUAUAUGCCGCCAUAUUGACACGGCGGUCUGGACCUAGGGUGGUGAAGAAAUCCACCAUAAUCAGCCUGUAUCAGACGUUGAUUUCAAAAUGAAUUCGACUGAACAGAUGACCCUUAGGGGUACCCUGGGUGGACACAAUAACUGGGUUACUCAGAUUGCCACAACACCGCUAUUUCCCGACGUGGUUCUGUCGGCCUCUCGAGAUAAGUCCUUGAUCAUUUGGCGUCUGGAACGUGAUGAACAAAACUAUGGAACGACCCAAAAGUCAUUGCGUGGACACAACCAGUUCAUUUCAGAUGUGGUGAUGUCGUCAGAUGGACAGUUUGCCCUCUCUGGCUCCUGGGACGGUACCCUGCGUUUGUGGGAUCUGAACACUGGUGUGACCACCAGGUCAUUUGUUGGCCAUACUAAGGAUGUCCUCAGUGUGGCUUUUUCUGCUGACAAUCGUCAGAUUGUGUCUGGCUCCAGAGAUAAGUCCAUUAAACUGUGGAAUACGUUGGGUGUGUGCAAGUACACUAUCCAGGAAGACUGCCACAGUGAGUGGGUAUCAUGUGUGCGAUUCUCACCCAACACACACAAUCCUCUCAUUGUGUCAGCUGGCUGGGACAAACAAGUCAAGGUCUGGAAUUUGACCAACUGCAAGCUGAAGACCAACCAUUAUGGUCAUACUGGAUACCUGAACUGUGUCACCGUUUCCCCUGAUGGCUCUCUGUGUGCUUCGGGAGGAAAGGAUGGACAAGCCAUGUUAUGGGAUUUGAAUGAGGGCAAACAUCUUUACACACUGGAUGGCGGGGACGAGAUCAAUGCCCUCUGCUUCAGUCCUAACCGCUAUUGGCUGUGUGCUGCUACAGGACCAAGCAUCAAGAUUUGGGAUCUAGAAGGCAAGAUUGUUGUUGAUGAGCUGCGUCAGGAGGUUAUCUCCACCAGCUCCAAGGCCAGGCCACCACAGUGCAUCUCCUUGGCCUGGUCAUCCGAUGGACAGACGCUGUUUGCUGGCUACACCGACAAGCUAAUCCGUGUCUGGCAGGUCUCCAUUACCACCCGAUAAGAUGCCAAUUUUAAGUGACUUUUUUUUAAAAAGUGCUAAGGGUGAACACAUGAACUGUAUAAGAUGUUUAAAAGAAACUAAAAAAAAUAAUGAAAAAAAUAAAUGUUCCACUUGAAAUAAACAAUGGAGCUUAGAACUGAA